AUGUUUUCGAUGGAUCAAUUUGAUUUCGAGACGGUUAUGUCACGGCAUCUAUUUGAAGGAUCUCUUCUUAAUCAUCAUACACAUUCAAAUUCAAUGAACCAUUCAUCCAAUUCGAAUAGUUCAAAUGAUUAUUUUUUAUGUGAUGAUGACUCAAUUACCGAUGGAGAAUCAUUUAAUAGUGAUCAGGAGAACAAUAAUGAAAUUAAAGAAAGAAUUCCAAAGUAUAGACGGAUGAAAUGUGCAUCCCAACAAGCCCAACAACGUCAUGCUGCCAAUUUAAGAGAAAGAAGACGAAUGCAAUCAAUAAAUGAGGCAUUUGAAGGACUCCGUACUCAUAUUCCAACUUUACCAUACGAAAAGAGAUUGAGCAAAGUAGACACUUUAAAAUUAGCUAUAUCAUAUAUUGGUUUUCUUAAUGACAUGCUUCGAAAAGACAAAAAUGGUAAUGAAACGGGCUUGACAGGGAUGAAAAGAAAUAUUCAAAAGGAACCUCCUAAAAAAUUCUAUUUGAAAGGCAGUAUAGGAACACAUUCGCUCUCAUGGCACAGAAAGGGCGAUAAGAAUGGCAACGGACGAUAUUUUGCGAGAAUAUGGAGACCAGAAGAUCCACGAUCAAUCAACCGCAGUUCACUCAAUAGCAAUUCGUAUAACUUAUGA